GUCAGGCGUAAAAGCCUGCUGUAAUUUCUCUCACCCUGCCUUUGCAUGCGUCUCUAGUAAACUCUAGCUCCCAUCAUGGCCUCUACUUCUCGUCAAAAUGACUUUAUCAUGACCUUGGACUCGGACGUUGAGGACGAACCUCAGGCCAUCCCUCAGACUAAUGGCAAGGCAUCUAAAAAACAAAAAGCUGCAGGCGACGACGAUGCUCAGCUUGACCCAGACUUUGUGUUCGAUCUCUCCGGGGACCCCUACAAUGACUUGUUGGAUAGUAGGUUGGAUGUAGGAGAUCUGGUGAAGAAGGGAUCGAAACCGGAGCCGAUAUCUGUGGACGAUAUUAUUGCAAAGCGGAGGCUUGGGAAAGUAUCAGGGAAGCGAAAGCGCGAGGUAGAAGACGAGGAUGAGGACGAAGAUGAUGAGGAAGACGAGGAAGAGCUGUCAGCUGCUGGUGAGGAUGACGACGAGGAUAAUGAUGUUGGGAGUGGAAGUGAAGAGGGCUUUGUUGGAUUCGAUGCCGAAGACGGAGAUGACCCACUCGCGACGUCGGAUGAGGAUGAGGAGGCAGGUUCUGGAGAAGACGACGACAACGACGAAGAAGAAGACGAAGAGAGCGACGAAGGACCUUCAUCCGAAGACGAAAGUGAACCGGAGACUCAGGCCGAGAAGGACAGGAAAACCGCAUUUUUCGCUUCUGACGCACCCUCAUCCGACACCCAUUCAUCCUUCCUCACUAUGAAUCUUUCACGUCCGGUGCUCAAGGCUCUCACUACGCUUGGAUUCAAUACACCGACUCCCAUUCAGGCAGCAACCAUACCUGUCGGACUCCUGGGGAAGGAUGUCGUCGGAAAUGCCGUGACGGGUUCAGGAAAGACUGCUGCGUUCAUCAUUCCGAUGAUCGAGCGACUUCUCUACCGAGACAAGGGCAAGAAAGCUGCUGCUACCCGGUGUUUGAUUCUUGUCCCUACGCGAGAGUUGGCCGUUCAGUGUUACGAAGUAGGCAAGAAACUCGGAACACAUACAGACAUCCAAUUUUGUCUCAUCGUAGGUGGACUGUCAUUAAAGUCUCAGGAAGUUGCUCUUCGUGCACGACCAGACGUAGUUAUCGCUACACCUGGUCGGCUGAUCGACCACCUGCGCAACUCGCCAUCUUUUACUCUCGACGCCCUCGAUAUCCUUGUCCUCGACGAAGCCGAUCGUAUGCUGUCCGACGGUUUCGCAGACGAACUCACAGAGAUCAUCCAGUCAUGUCCUACCUCACGCCAAACCAUGCUCUUCUCCGCCACUAUGACUGAUUCCGUCGAUGAGCUCGUCAAGAUGUCACUCAAUAAACCUGUUCGUCUGUUCGUCGACCCUAAACGAAGCACGGCUCGUGGUUUGGUUCAGGAGUUUGUCCGCGUUCGCGCCGGGAAAGAGUCAGACAGGUCCGCCUUGCUCGUCGCACUGUGCAAACGGACAUUCAAGUCGGGUGUGCUCAUCUUCUUCCGGAGCAAGAAGCUGGCACAUCAAGUACGAAUCAUGUUCAGUCUGCUGGGUAUGAGCUGCGAGGAGCUACAUGGAGAUCUAUCUCAGGAGCAGCGUCUAAAAUCGCUACAACUCUUUCGCGACGGAGCCGUCGACUACCUGAUGGCGACCGACCUUGCCUCCCGUGGUCUGGAUAUCAAGGGUAUUGAUACCGUCAUCAAUUUUGAUAUGCCAGGCCAGUUAGCACAGUACUUGCAUCGUGUAGGUCGUACGGCUCGAGCUGGCAAGAAGGGUCGAUCCGUAACAUUAGUAGGAGAAGCCGAUCGCAAGAUGCUGAAGGCUGCCAUCAAGCAUUCAGCAGGAGCCGAUCAAGUCAGGCAUCGUACUGUCCCCCCUGAGAUUGUGGCGAAGUAUGUGAAGAAGUUGGAUUCGCUCAAGCCCGAGAUUACUGGUGUCAUGCAGGAUGAGAAGGAGGAGAAGCAUCUGCGGAAAGCGGAGAUGGAGCUUCAAAAAGGCCAGAAUAUGAUCAACCACGAGGAUGAGAUCUAUUCACGGCCGGCGAGGACAUGGUUCCAGUCUGGCAAGGAGAAACAGAAGGCAGCAGACCUCAGCAAGUCUCAGUAUGAAGCCGGCUAUUCCGCGGCCAAUGCUGGUAAAGGCAAGGAUGCACCUGUGGACACGACUAAGCCCAAGCGCGACAAAUUCUCUGGCCUCUCCCGCCGAGUCAAGCGGCGAAAACUCGCGCUCGAAGAGGACGAAGCAGCGGGCGACCACAAAGUCGUCAAUGCUGCCAUCCGAUCCGCCAAAAAGGCAGCGCGGCCCAACAAGAUCGGCGUCCCAGAAAAACGCGACAGUAAGAAAGGCAGCAAGUCGCGAGACAAAAAAUCAAAAACGAAGCCGAAGGUCACGAAGGGCGGGAACUUUGGGAGUGAUAUGGGGCAGAGGGGAGGUGCGAAAGCACAAAACGAAGGGAUCCGGGCGAAGAAGGGAGAUUCAAUCGGGGGUAUGAAGAAGGGAGGGAAGGGUGGCGGUGGGAAGCGGAAGGGCAAGAAGUAGUGGGCAACCUUAGAUGGAGACUACUAUU